GUGUCCCAAUGACCGAGUAAGAACACAGCAGCUUCAGGCUCCUCCCGCUGCCGCUUUAAAGCCGAGCUCCUGUCAUCGGAUUAGAGCCGAGCCGCUGCCCCGUGUCUAUGUGUCAGAGCAGCAUGGUCUGGAGCCGGAGCUGGAGUCUGGGGGGAGGAAGCGGCUCCGAGUGAGAGCCCGAGCCCCGAGCGCAGAGUGAGCGGAGCGGUGCGGCUUCAGAGCGGGCUUUCCGCACCCGGGGAGCGGCAGCGAGGACAUGGGGCUUCAAGGAUGAUCGCUGAUCGGGAGGAACCCACAGGGACAGGCACCGAGGGAGACAAGGAGCCCAAACACUCACAUCCCCCCCACCCAUCCACCCAGCUCCCAACCCACUCCACCCACCCACCCAGCUCCCAACCCACUCCACCAUCCUAAAAAUAAACCCCCAGGAUCUUAACCCACCUUCUCCCCUCAAACCCAGGACCUUAAUCCCCUCCCCUUACCACCCCCAAAAGAACUCGGACCUCAGACCCCAUCCCCAGAGAAAACCCAGGACUUCAACCUACUUCCCCCUCCGCCCAACAUCCUUAGACUGUAGCCCAUUCCUUUUCCCAUCCAACCCAAAAGGAACAUCCUGGGAUUCUACUCCUUUAACCUCCAAGGACCCAAUUCAUCAGGAUUCAACACUAUUUGUUUCCCCCCCCCCCCUCCCCCCACCCAAGGCCUUGAACCCAGCACCCUCACAACCCUGACCCCAGGACCCUCACAACCCUGACCCCAGCACCCUCACAACCCUGACCCCAGGACCUCUGUCUGAGGAGCCUGACUCUCAUUCGCCUGGAACUCUUGUGUCAGCAAAGAACUAUCGCACACUCGGAUCCAGGGCAAUGGGUUCCCAGGGGUGGUAGUUGUGAGAGUUUCCCUGCCUGCCUCUCCUCAGUUCUCUCUGUUUUAUUGCUGGGGACCCCACCACAUGCUGCUGAUGACGGAGCUGAGAUUGGCAGAGGACAGUGGGAAAACCAGGACAACUGCCAUGUCACCCAAUACAACCCAUCUCCUGCAGGUGUUCGAAGAGGAGUGGGAGGAUGCCGAGUCUGAGGAAAAUGGUGAGGCAGGCAAGGAACCUGAUACCUACAGUAUCUUGUCAGAUGAUUCCUUCUAUCCUCCUGACCUGCAGUCAAUUAACAGUGAGGCUGAGAUCGCAAAAAAUGGGCCACUUAGCCUGUACCAGGCCUGCGCCAUAAACAAUGCCAUUGGACUUAAGGAAUUGAUGUGUCAGGAGCUGAGCGAACAGGUGGUGAUGGAGAAGGACAGGAAUGGAAGAACUGGGCUGAUGGUGGCCUGUUACCAGGGGUUCAUGGACAUUGUCUUUCUAUUGGCUGGAUGCCCCCAUCUUGAUGUCAACUGGCAGGACAAAGAAGGCAACACAGCUCUGAUUAUUGCAACACAAGCAGGACACAUCACGAUCACAAAUUGCUUGCUGAGCUAUUUUCCCGGAAUUGACAUCGAGAGGAGGAAUGCGCAUGGGUUCACUGCCCUGAUGAAAGCAGGAAUGCAAGGGAAAACAGAUUGUGUUAGAGCCCUGAUGUUGGCAGGUGCAGAUAUGAAUGCCACGGAUCCGGGAAGGGGUUUUACCCCACAACAGUGGGCACAGUUUACAGGACGGUAUGAAACCAUCUGUCUCAUGCGUAAACUCCUGGCUAGGCCUUGUCCAGUCCAGUUCAGUGACCGAUAUAAGCCCGAAUGGCCAAAAUUGAAAGAACUCGUAGCCAAAGCCAAUGAGCCCAAGAACUGUUUGGCAAAACUCUGUGAGGCGAUCACAUCAACCUUGACUAUCAACUUUCCCCGUGAUCCGCAAGAGGAUGGGCCUCUUGACCACAUGGUCCGGAUGACCACCGCCAUCUCCAGCCCUUUUGUUGCCACCGGGUGUAGAACAGUCUGCCCGAGCAGCCCUCCUUGUGUUGGCAAGAGGAGGUUCACCGUGCAAGAGAUCCUGAGGAAGCAGAAAUCUCGGGACAUGAAGGCUUCAGCCAAGGAGUACAUCAAACACCAGAAAUUAUUUCAGAACUCUCAUCUUGUCAUUGUCCCAAAGAAGAAGGAACGGAGGGCCAGCCUGCCCCCACUGACCUCUCCCUCCAAGCGUGUGACAGCUUCUUCCUCCAGGAGGGGGAGUCUGAUGCCCUUGAGUAUGAUGAAGUGGAGUAGUGUGCAGCCUGGGAUAGUGGUGCCUAAGGUGCGCCUAUUUAAGGCACCUACACCGACCUAUGAGCCUGAGAGAAUACGUAGAAAGAGCAGUGCGACGGGGGGCAGCAACUUCCUGGAAUUACCCCAGUGGAAGUACAAGGAGCUGAAGGAGGAAAGAAAGAAGGCGGAGGAGGAGGAGAAGAGAAGAGCCGAAGAAGCAGAGCGUGAGAGAGCGGUGAAGCGAAAAGAAAGUCAUAAAGUCAACAGGAUCUCUUCAAACAGAAAGUAGAUGUAAAAUGAAGGAAUUGUGAUCUUGCACCUACGAUCGCUUCUUCUAAUCAGUAGCAAGGAUUCUUAACCAUGAGAAGGUUGUGAGCUGGUAAAAGUUUCUAAGUUAGUCACGUUGACCAGUGAAUGGGUAAGUGUGACAUGCUGUGGAGAGUAUGAUUUUAGGAACAGAAUACAGUCAGCUGUUCCCUGUUCAUUUACAAAAUAUGACAUUCUCGGAGAUCUUCAGCUCAAUGAAUAAGCCCUUGUUUAAAUAGCAUCAAGAGGAUUAUGGUACAUUUAAAACUGCAUGGGUUCUGGUCGGCAUGGACGAGUUGGAUCGAAGGGUCUGUUUCCAUGCUGUACAUCUCUGUCACUCUACGACUCUAAGUCUGUGAUUGUCAAAAAGCUUUAUUUUUAAUAUGCCUCAUGGACAGUUUAGCCUUCUGGUUAAUAUGCUGGGUAUGACAGUGUGAGAGACUGCUUUAUACAGACUUUCUUGCAUAGAUGGUGCACCCUCCACAUUUUCCUCAAGCAUUGAACAUACUGAUCAGCACGGCCAUCACGCACUACACAACUUCAAUUGGUUAAUAGGACUGAGCAGGCUGGCAUGUCAACAGGAGUUCAGUUCAGUCCAUUGAAGUAAAUCGUACAGUGCAGUGGUGAGGCAUUCGCAUUAGAUGUCCCAUUACUGUACGAUCAAUUGAUAUUCCAAAAUAGAGUAGAAACCACAGUUAUUGACUGUCAUUGGUUCACAAACCGCAAAUGGAUGUUUGCCUGCAGAGAAGUACGUUUGUUUUGGUGGUGACUACUGGCAGAACAGCUAUGGGUUGCCACAGCACGUUUAAAGGGGAAGAUGAUGGAGUAAGCUAUGAAGUGAUUAAAUGGCUGUAGGAAAGCCGGCUGCUAAUAUCAGAAUUAAAUUUGCAUUACUGAUAUGUAUAUUUUAGAGAAAACACUUCAAAACACGAGAAGGAGGGAGGAUUCUAGGCAGAAAAAUCUACCUCUUUGGUCUAUAAUUGUCCUCUUCUCCUAUCUCAUCUGAGGGUGCUGAAUUCCUCAUUCACUAAUGUUCAAUGUAGUCAUUAUGCUUCGUUAUCACAACAGAAGGGCAGUGUGGGAAAUUUGGAGUACUGUCCUUGCACUAUGACAUCCUUAGCUCUUCCAGAGCGGAGACUAUGCCUAUGUAAUGGAAGUGAGUUCACAAAGGAUUGGGAGUUAACACUCAUCAUUUUAAGUGCAAUCUUAUCUGCCUGCUAGACUGCAAUGCUGUCCAUUUCUUUGUUUCAAAAGAUCUAUGUGAGAUGCAAAUACCAGCAAUUCUUUUCAGAUUUUUAAAAAAUGUGCAAUUAUUCUGAAAACUGAGAAGAACUGUCCCAGCUCAGACCAAUGACAAGAGGGUCAAUUGAAGAGAGUGGGCCUGCCUAUAUGGAAAUGCCCAAAGACUGAAGGAUUACAGAGUGAAAAUGGGUGUCCCAUAAUAGAUCUGUCAAAUGAGAAACCCAUUCAUUAAUUUAAACGUUCUUUUAUUGUCACAAAUUCAGCAGUCAUGCUCAAGGCUGCAUGGUCCAACCAACUGUCCCACAAAAGGUUAUGAGCUAAAAGUGAGAACAGCACGUCCCCAUUUGGUGGACCCCUGCUUGUGUUUGUGGUCCUGUGAUUACCCCUCAAAGAGGAGAAGAAUGGGAGACCGGACUAAAUCCUACCUCUAUUCCCUAUGGCCAUUCAGGUCAAGCAGCUGUCCUUGCAAUAAGUCAGCCCGUGUUCCCAGCACAUUUACUUUAGCCAUAAGUGGGGGCCAACUGAUGAAUACCACUAUUCUACUACACUGCUAUGCUACGUUAUCAGAUGUUCAGGGUGUGUUGCAUAAUCCCCUUUUCGUUCAUGACAAUGAGAUGUACAGGUUAAAAAUGUGCAACACAAAAUGAUCAGCAACACAAACUCAGGUAAACAAGGCCCUGAGCUCUACAUGCAGAACAAGACUCAGCCUGUGAGGUUGUUCUUGCUUCUCAUGUGCUCCCCUUUUUAUUCUCCUGAAGCCCACAAAAAGAAACACAUUGGCUGGGGAUGAACUUACAGGGCUCCAAUCAACAAUUUGUACUUUCUCAUUUAGAAAAGUGAGCAUAGGCCUAUAGUGCAGUCUGGUCACAGUCCAGCAGUUAAUAGGCUUGCAGCUCAGUAAGACGUAAAGUAUUAUCAUCGCUAACCAUCUUCUUAUUUUUCAAACAGUUGAGCCAUCUGGAUAAUUUAACACUUGGAUUAUUUAGAUUAAUUAAAGUACCUUCUCUUUAUGUAAAUGCUCCUUUUCAUUUCAAGCCUGUAAAAUGUUCCUUAUUGGCCUACAGCUCAUUUGAGAUGCCUGAUUCCAUUUGGUAACACCUCAGGCAAUUCAUAGUGUCAAUCUCUUCCCAUUACCAUAGAAGGUGUCCAAUGGCAAUGUGAGAUCAGGCUAUUUGGGGAGUAUGCUCUGAGACGGUGACAGCUUUGCAACGUACACUGUGAAGAGUCAGUUUAUUGUCAGUAUCAUUUUUACAAGUAGCAUUAUUAUUAGGAUUAUACUGAACAUAUUUCAGGGAGGAAAUCACUUGGUGCUGAUAAUGUGCUUCCAAUUGAUUUAGAAGAGCUUUCGCAUAAAGUAACCAGUUGCAGAUCCACAUAUCCACAAACAAGGUAAAGUUGAAAGAUUAUAUAUAUUGACCAUCCCACUACCAUUGCUAUGGUCUCAGCUAUGGGCCAGUUGGUUGAAUAUUUGCCUGUGAAAGACAAGGUUCUGGGUUGAAAUCCAGUACAGCAAUUAAUGUUGACACUCUAGUGCAGUACUAAGAAAUCAUUAUAACGUUAGUUACUGCCUUUCAAAUGAGAUGCAUUUGCCUGCUAGGGUGUAUAUAAAAGAUCUCUGGGUCAGAAGAAAAUUAAGUUGAGGGAGAUGGCUAUUAAAGGUCCUGGGGAUACAAGGAGUCAGGGGCAAUGUAGUUGGUGGAUGGGAUUGUGGAGCUCAUAUGUGGUAAACUGGGGUUGCAGUGUGGUCAGCUUAACAGUUACCCAGAAUUCAGACAAUCAAAAGCCUAGCUUCCUGGUUAAGAAGAGCCCUCUGAAUUCACUGGCAUUAAGGGAUUCAGUUGCAGGAGAAUUGCCUAUCUGAACCUUCAAUUUCGUGGGCAGUUGCCAAGGAGUCUGCUAUGGAGAGAAAGUGAGGUCUGCAGAUGCUGGAGAUCAGAGAUGGAAAUGUGUUGCUGGAAAAGCGCAGCAGGUCAGGCAGCAUCUAGGGAACAGGAGAAUCGACGUUUCGGGCAUUAGCCCUUCUUCAGGAAGGGCUAAGGAAUCUGCUAUGUCUAAUUCCUCAGGGUCUCAAUGUGCAACUCCAGUCUAUGAUGCAGAAAUGACUGUCUGUCAAUCAGCAUUUCAGGAUCACUAUUUUAAGUGUAGAAGGACAUUUAAAUAACUUUACAUCUUUAAUGUAGUUUACAGUAUUUGUUUUAUUACAGCCCUGGACUACAUCUGGAGGACAAUUUUAGAUGUACUAAUAAUCAUUGCAGACUGUCCAACCUCAUCUUGUAGGAUGAUAGUUUUUAUACCUCCAUCAGUUAUCCUCUGUAAUCCUUCCUAAGUUUGCCUUCCUCCAGAAAUAGCCAAAAAUCCUUAUCUAAACAGCAAGUGACAUUGGUUGCAACAUUCACCCCCCCCCCC